AUGAUUUUCGCUGUGCACUUGCUACUCAUUCACGUCGCAUAUGGUAGCGAUCUCGGAGGUGUCCUUUGCCGACUUCCGAAGGAUGAGGGCUACCAGUGUGGAACUGUCGGGGCUGCGCAUUCCGCUUUCUACUUUGAUUCAGACUUUGCACUUUGCGGCAAAAGUCUUCCGCUUAUGGAUUUCGCUGGGAACAUCAAGCGUUGUGAACCCAAACUUGUUCCUUGUCCACUGUCGCACGAAUGCGUUGGUCACGGAAUGGAAUCAGUGUGUUGUCUGAAAGCAGAUCAAAUAUGUCAGGCUUCUCUGAACGCUGGGUCCUCCUGUGGGAUACCUCCUCAAACAAGAUACUACUACGAUGCUCCUUCAAGAUUAUGUCGAUCAUUCACUUUCACUGGAUGCGGCGGAAACGAGAAUAACUUCAAGACGAAGGGAGAAUGCACACAAUUUUGCAAUGCUGAAAUCGUAUGCCUACGUGGCGAUCCACAUCCUGACAGAUAUUCGAUCAACAAAGUUGCGACGUGCCAUGAGGACAAGCACUGUCCUAGAAACUACACAUGCACAGCUGCAUAUGGAAGGAAAGGAGCCUGCUGCCCUAGUAGAGAUUUCGUUUGUGGUACUCCUUUGAAUGAGCGCAGCACUCGCAGAUCAGUUCUCAAGGAAAAAACAUGGAGUUUCAACUACAGAAAAGGGGAAUGUGAGAUGAAUGAGCACACAGUUGGAGAUGAACAAUGGAAUAAAUUCGCAAGCCAAGAGCAAUGUGUCGAUUUCUGUAUUGGAAAAUGCCCAAAUCAUCUUGAUGUACACUACAAUCCACUGACUGGUCAACCACAACUAUGCGAUGCCAGGAGUAACAGUGGUUGCCCUCUUGGAUUCGAAUGCGUAAGAACAUCGUCAUUCGCAGCAGUCUGUUGCCGCACGAAUCCUCUUUGUCCUUCUUCAGAGUCUCUUCUUUUGCUACAGAAUGGCGCUGGAAAACGUUGUGAUCCUGAUACUUCAGACUCUUGUCCAGAACACUAUUCUUGUCAGCAAGCGAAGAAUUUGGAGCAUAUUUGCUGUACUCGCCCGUUGAUGUGCCCGGAAGGAAUGGAUGCGUUGAGAGAGGACGGUGAUCGUCUACGAAUUUGUACACCUGGAGUCGAAGGAAACUGUCCAACUGAUCAUGUAUGCGCAGAUGUAUCUGGACAUAGUGGUACGCGACAUCUGUGCUGCAGACCAGAGAAAAAAUGUAUCGUCCCUUACGUAGACUUCGUAAAAAAACGACCAAAAAGAUGUUUUCCAGGAGACUCCUCAUGUCCAUCGUCGACCUCUUGCCUUCCGGUGAGGGAAGAGAACGAAAACGCGACAAAUACUGUGGAUUUGUUGUUCUUCUGCUGCCACAGUGUAGAUGUCUUCACUUGCCCAGACUCCCAAAUGCCCGUAAUGGAUAAAGCAACCAACAGACCUAUGCGACUGAACAACAUCGACGAGGAAUAUGAUCGGCUCGUUGAAUACCUUCACGACUGCACGAAGAAGGCUGAGAGUUUUAAAACCACCAAGAGACGCCUGUCUCUUGAAACUCUUGAGCUGGUACGUCAGCGUGGAACAGCACCAGCCGCAGAGAACCAAAAACUCACGUCCGAGCUCGCAAUGCUUUGCAGAGAGGCGAUAAAGGAAGACCUUAAAGAGAGAAAAGCAAAGCGCUGGCUGAAGCUGCAGAGGCGAGAAAAAUGCCCAUCGAGACUUCGCCAGUCGCAAGAUGAGGAUGACUGCUCUCCGAAACUCGAAGGGAACAACCAUUGCAUCAAGAAGGGGAAGGGAGAAAAUCUUCUACGACUUCUGCUCUGA